CGACUGUGCCCGAUAUCAUCGUCAUUUCUGAUGGCUUUGUUCGUGCCUAGUUCAAACGUGCCCCAGUCUACCAUCGUCAGAACGUGUUUUAACUGUGGUGACCCUGGCCACUUUGCCAGAUGGUGCCCCCAUCCUAAGCCUUCUAACCCUCAGUCCGCUAUUGUCCCUUCUCAUUCCCCUCUUCUUAGUCUUCCAUCUAGUUCUAAUUCCUCUGCGAUUGUACUUGGUAACAAUUCGGGGCAGUUUCCACGUGGAUAUGGGUGGAGUCAGGCGAAGCAACGGCUGGACUACUUGGAGCACAUUGUUGCCGAGAUGAAGCUAAGACACGAUGCCGAGGUAGAGAAGGAGAAAAACUUGAAGGAAGAAGAGGAUAAGGCUAAGAAGGCUAAGGAGGAGGAGGAGAGGCGAGCCUCGGAGAGGAAGGAUCGUGAAGAUUUUCGCAAGCAGCUGACCGAUUCUAUGAAUUCUCGUCUGGAUGGCGUGGUCGAUCUGUUGAGAAGCAAGAGCAAUUCCAACGAGGUCGAAGCGCUUCGGAAGGAGGUUGAGAGGCUAGGUGGAAGAAGUCCAUUGGCCGAUGCUUCGGUUAACUCUACGAAUGCUAUGAUCCAAGACAAUGACGGGCUGUUGGCUAGAUUGCUUGCAGAGCAGGACAAGAUGAAAGCUCAGUUGGAAGAUGCUCUGGCCGCCAAGCGAAGAUUAGAGGCUAUCGAGAAAGAGAUGGGUGAGGUGAUUAGAGCUCGCGAUGAAGCUCGAGCCGAUGCCGAGAAGUGGCAGGAGGAGGCUCUGCGUCCAGGCAAGAGAGGCUGUAUUACCCUUUCGACACCUGUCGCCAAGUCUAAUCUACGCCCUGUUCGGUCUACACCUUUGAAAUCGUCGGUGGCCUCCGUCAACUUGAAGAGGGUGGCUGACAUGCAUCGUCUGGAGGUGGAGACCAUCCAAGAGAUGCGUAUUCAGGAAUUCAACGCAAGGAGGGAGGCUGAGCAGGAGCUCGACAAGGCCAAGGAGAUAAUCGCACAGUUAGAGAGGGAUCGGACCGAGAAAGACAAAGCCACGAGGACUACGGCCAAAGGUAAGGAGAAGGUCUCUUAUGGGAAAGGCAGUUCCAAGGAUGCAAAGAUGAAGGCGGCUUUCGUCAGAGAAGCAAGAAAGGAUCUGCGAGGUUUAACCAAGGAUGCUCUCGUUACGAUCUGUGAGAAGGAAGGGGUCAAAUAUGCCGGUGUUAAGCAGACUGUUGACGACAUUAUCGCCUCACGAGUUAGCAAGGCGUUUCCUCCCAAAGAUUCAGUGGUAGAUGUUUCGGAGGAUCUGGUCGACACAGUCAACGGUAAGGACUCCGGGGGAGACUCGGCUGCAUCUUAGGGUCUCUCCCGGACGUGACCACGCUAUGGAAUCUCUUUCGCAGUUAUUGCAAGUUGAGGGCUAGUUCGUCUUCGUAUUUACGGUGUAAGGUUCUGAAUUCCUUUUUGCAGAUUGUUGUUAUUGGCCUUAUUCUUGGCGGAUGCAUUCCUUGGGCGGAUAAGUUUAUUGGUCAUAUUUCUAAUAGCAGCGGUCUCAGUAUGGUAGGUUCGACGAUGGACCGUUGGUUUAUCUACUCGUUUCCCCUUUGUAUAAGCAUUGUUACAUUGGCAGCAUUGGUCGGGAUUUGUCUUCUCGUUGGGGCGAGCAUGUGUACCGUGCCAAAAGUGACGAUCUGGUCAAUAAAGGUUGUCGGAAUGA